AUGAAGGAUGACGAGGGCUUUGUGGAGGCGAGGAGGUGUCGGCCGGUGGUGGCUCUGCGUUUUCUCACCACUUUCUCUGGCUGCUUCGGGGGAAUUGACACUUUUAAGGGCACUAAAGCCGAGCGUGAGCCGCCGUCUUCCUCUGACGCAGCCGACACGUCCUUCUCUUUGAGGCGGUGUGGCCGUGAUUCAGCUCCUAUAUCUGCGCUCGUAACAGGGGUUGGGGUCUGGAAACAACUUGAGAACCAAUGA